UCUCCUCCUCUGCCUCCGCCUUCUGGUCGGUCCGGUGGGGAGGUGGCAGGUCGGUGGCUGUGUCUGGAGUCGAGGGCCCCCAGGGCGGGAUGGUGCAGCAGAGCCAGGUUAGCUGAUGUAAGAGAUCAGGUGAUAUUUGCUGUUCGUCAGGAAUAUGUCCAGCUUGGAGAUCAACUCCUGUUCCUACAGCCAGGUGAUGAAAUUGCAGUUAUCCCCCCCAUUAGUGGAGGAUAGUAACUCUGGGCUGUUGGGGGAAUCUGUGAAUGCAAUUGAAGACAAACCUAAAGAUGUAAUCAGAUUUACUGCUGAGAAGCUCUCAGUAGAUGAAGUCUCACAGUUGGUGAUUUCUCCUGUCUGUGGAGCUGUGUCUCUGUUUGUGGGGACUACAAGAAAUAACUUUGAAGGGAAAAAAGUUGUUAGCUUAGAAUACGAAGCAUAUGUGCCAAUGGCAGAAGCUGAAGUCAGAAAAAUAUGUGGUGCUGUUAGACAGCAGUGGCCAGUCAAAAAUAUAGCUGUGUGCCAUCGACUUGGCUUAGUUCCAGUAACAGAAGCAAGUGUGGUCAUUGCUGUGUCUUCAGCACACAGGGCUGCAUCCCUUGAAGCUGUGAAAUAUAUUAUUGAUACAUUAAAAGGCAAAGUUCCAAUUUGGAAAAAGGAACUUUAUGAAGAAGAAACAUCAUCUUGGAAAAGAAACAAAGAAUGCUUUUGGACAAAAAAGGACUAAUUUUUACUAAAGGAAAAUUUAGAGCUCUAAAAAGUGCUCCAUUUACUAUAAUUGUAUGUUUUUUUCCUUUAUUUUUGGCUUUUUUGAUCUUUCUGAGGCACUAUGAUAAAGUGGACAGAGUUGGACUUCAUUUCUAACUCUUAUUGGGCAUUUUGACUGUUGUAAAGUCAUAAUAACUUCCCAGAACCUCACUUUUCUCAACUUUUAAGCAGGUAUGAUACUACCUAACUUAUAGGCUUAUGAGCAGGGAGGGAACUGUUUGGUAAACUUAAAAAUGCUAUGUAAAUUUAAGUUUAAUUCAGUUCAACAAGGUCACGAUAUUUGGCCAAAGGCAGGUUCUUUUAUAGCAUCCCAAUGAGGCAGCAAGGAAAAAGCUAGGAGGGAUUUAGGAAUAAGAGCGGUUUGGAGGAAUAAUGACAUGAUUUAUAUUUAGGGAGUGAUAGGAGAAGUAAGCAUCUUCUACUACCAAGCUAAUUGUGUGUCUGCUUACAGGUGUGUGCCCCUAUUUCCCUCUUGGUUAUACCUCUUCCUAGAAGAUCAGUAAUGACAUAGGUAUUGGUAAAGUUGGAACAGGUACCCCAAUAUAGUUAUUUUCUACUCUGUUGUCUUAGAAUACGAAACCACGGAGCAAAGAAAUUUAAAGUUGAAAUAAACAUUUCGGUCAGUCUUGAGAGUUCAGUGGCCUUCGUGCUUUUAAUACUUAACUUCCAACCAGGUAUAAUCACAUAACUCUAGAAAACAUAUAUGUAGUAAAAAUACAUAUCCUUCAAUUCCUGGGGCAUGAAGGGUCAAUUGAUUUUUUUUCAACAAAGAUAAUAUAAAUAUUCAAUGUGUUAUAUGUGUUCAGAAGCUUCAAAUUUCUUUCUUACCACAGAUCAAUUCAAGUACAUUUUUGUUGAUUCAUUCUUAAUUCUGUAUGAAUUUUAAAGCCAGUAAAUUAGUUAUAAAAUUAAAAAAAAAGUACUCAUUAACUAUCACUUGUGUUGAUAUCUGCCAUUCAGAAUUGAGCCCAUUGAAGACUUGUAUGGUCUGAUUAAGAACUAGAAAAUGAUUUAUAACAGCAUCAUAAAGAAAAACAACCUGAAAAGAUUUAGGAAUUGUGAACAGUUCUAAAGUCUUAAGAACAAAGUACUGCAGUGCUCAACCAAGAUUCCAAAGAACGAAGCAUGCUGCCCACCUCCUAAGAGAGGUGAUGGAUUCAAGAUUCAGAAAGGGACAUUCUUUUUUUAUACACAGCCAAUGCGGGAAUUUGUUUUGCUUGACUGCAGACUUGUUAACAACUAUUUUGGUGUGUGUUUGUUUUUCCUUCAAUGGGGGUGAGGGGUGAGUUGAGUGUGAGAGGAAGGGUAGAGAUAAGAAAGAAAACAGUCAUUAAAGCAUUAAAAAAAUCAUAGAAGCAAACUAAAGAAAAGCCAGAAAGAACCACAGACAAGCAGGUCAGCUUUAAAAGUUACAUACUGAAUUUAUUAUAGAAGAAAAAGCAAGCUGUAAUUUGUGGCUUCAUAUGCUAGCUUCUUUUUUCUCUUCUACUUUGUAUGUGAAAAUACACAUUUUAUUUGGUGGUCCAGAAAGAAGAUAGUAAAAGCAAAAGAUUAAAUUGAACUCACUCCAAAAAGAGAGGAUAGCUUCUCUCAGAGAUCCUCCGACAAAUGAUUUUUUAUAAUUCUCAACUCUAAAUUUACCAAUAUAUUAUGUUAAUGUAAGUUAAAAUAAUUAAUGGAAAAUCUUGAUGUCACUGAAUGAGUCCAAGUAUAAUACAUAGAACUCAUAUACUAGAUGGAUAGGUCUGGAUUAGUCACUGAAACAGCCAGCUCUACUAGGAGCAAUUACUUUGUAAUUGAUUAUGUUUUAGAAUAAUUUCACUAUUUUCUUGGAAAUAUUAAAUGAAAGUAGAUGA